GCAUGACAUUACGAGUAUGCUUUAAUUUCAUUCUGCCUUACAAUAAAAGAAAAGCGGAUAAGCAAAAAAAAAAAGGAAAAAAAAUAAAUAAAUCCUUUUUGUUGUCUUUCUAAUCUCUUUUACAGCAUACUAUGUCGAGACCAGGCACACCACAAAAGAAUGAUUCAUCACUAUUGAUGCGGACAAGAAAGAGUCAUCAAGACUUUCGAGUACUGGCCGCAGAAAGUUUAGCGAGGAAUGAAUCAGUAUAUACAACCGAUCCGAGCUUUCAAGAAACCCAUGGACUUUUAAGUCAAGUUAUUGAAAUGGGGGAUGUCGACGACGGAUACCACAACAAGCUCAAAGAACCACAAAAGUGGUACAAGAAAGUCUCAAUGGUAAAACAUGAACAUUGAUCAACAGUUGUUGCUUGUCUUAAAAAAAAACCAUAGAAAUACACUAUAGGUAUACUUUGUGGGCUUGGACUCUUCAUUGGGUUGACAAAAAUGGUUAUGAAUGAGCUAGAAAAGACCUUUUUGAACAAGAGUCAUCUUUAUUACAACGGUACAGAUUAUUUUGAUGCCACUGUGAUAUACAUAUCCUUGGAUGGGUUUCGAAAUGAUUACUUAGAUCGAAAGGUCACUCCCAAUAUUCAUUUGCUAGCGGAGCAAGGAAUUCGCGCUGAAUACAUGAACCCUUCUUUCCCUUCCAUCACAUUUCCAAAUCAUUGGACUCUAGUCACAGGAUUGUAUCCUGAAGCACAUGGCAUCGUUGCCAACGAAUUUUACGAUCCAAUUCUCGGUGAACAAUUCAUUCAUAAAAACGCCUCCAUCAGUGGCGAUCCUAAAUGGUGGGGCGGCGAACCAAUUUGGAUUACUAGUAAAAAUCAGGGCAAGAAAUCGGCCGUCAUCAUGUGGCCUGGAUCCAAUGUCCCCAUCCAUGGUGUAUCUCCAGACUAUUACGUACCUUAUACAAGAGAAACCACGGCUAUUGAUAAAAUGGAUAUCACUUUGGGUUGGCUGGAUUUACCCAUCGGACAAAGACCUCAAUCUAUCUCGAUUUAUAUCCCUCAAAUUGAUCAAAAAGGUCACGGUGGUGGACCAGAAGGCAAACAGCUAAAUUCGGUAUUGUCGGCAAUGGAUGAUGCAGUGGGACAUUUAAUGGAUGGUUUGGCACAGAGAAAUUUAGAAAAACAUGUUCACUUAGUUGUUGUAAGUGAUCAUGGUAUGGCUCAAUCGGAUCGAUCCAGACUUAUUUUCUAUGAUCAAAUUCUUUCAGCUGAAUCACAAUCUUUUAUACGUGAAAGAGAAGCCUGGCCUUUGCUAGGUAUUCGACCCAAAGACGAUGCGCCUGAUUACGCCAUUGAUCAAAUUUACAAUGAAAUCAUACAAUACAUGAAGCAACUACCAGAAGAAGAUAGACAUUUCCAAGUGUAUAAGAGAGAAGAGAUGCCUGCUCGUUUUCAUUACGAUGCUACAGAGCGUGUAGCCCCUAUCGUCAUGAUUCCGGAUGUAGGAUAUAUUAUCAUGCGUAGUACAGAUUACAACACAGUGACAGGGAAAUACGGACCCAAUGGGGUGCAUGGCUAUGAUAAUAUGGCGUUGGAGAUGCGAGCUAUUUUUGCAGCAAGAGGACCUGGUAUUGAUCGAUACUAUUCACAUGGCACUGUGGUGGAUCCAUUUUAUAAUACAGAGAUGUAUCGUUUCUUAACGACUCUGUUGGAAUUAGAUCCUGCGCCAAAUAAUUCUACUUUAAAUGGUAUCUUUAAAGUACAUGAAGAUAGACUACCCUAGACACAAUACUAUACCUUUUUCUUAUUUGCUAUGAACAAAAUAGGCAAUAAGAUUUUCUGUUUAUAAACACUGUAUCCACCAAUGAUAUUUUUUUUUCCUCUGUUUUUUUUUUGUUUGUUUAUAAUGUAAUAUUAUCUCAAUGUAUGUAUGCAC